UAUAAAAAUACAGAGGUUUUUGUUAAUCUAUAUUUCCCUAUAUAAAAUGGAAUACUACAGAGAAUAUCUUAAUAUUACAGAGAAUAAUAUUAAAGAAAGUCAAGAAAAAGCUAAUGAACGGAAAGUUGAAAGUUGGAAACAAAGCUAUAAAGAGGGUCUAAACAGAGGAGAUAUUGUAAAUAAAACAGAAAAAUAUGAAUUAUCGGAAGAAAUUGAGGAUAUUUUACAAUAUAUUAAGGAAAAAUGGAAUAGUUUGACAAAAGAAGAGUGUAAUUCAGUUGUAUCAGCAUUGGAGCUUUUUGAUAAAAGUUCACUUGGUAAAGAUUAUAAUGCUUUUAAAGAAACAUAUCAAAGGUUACAGAAAGCAUUUAAAUCAAUUAUCAAUGAACAUUAUGAUGAAUUUAGUUCUUCUAUUGGAACGUUUGAAAUGAUUAUGCAAAAUAUUGCUAAAUCAUUGGAAAAAACAAAUGAAAUAAACGAAAUGAUUUUAGAAUCUCAAGAAAGAUUUUCUUUCAAGGAAAAUGAUUUAAAUCAUAUAUAUCAACAUAGUUCGCAGCUUAAAGAGACAUUGAGAAUUUUAAAGGCUAUUGAUGACUUUCGAAGAAUUCCAGAUAUUUUAGAAAAACAUAUUUCUGAAAAAAAGUUUUUGACAGCUAUUAAUCUUCUUAGAGAAGCUCAACAGAUUACAGAAAAAUAUGAAAUGUCUAAGAUCGGUGCAUUAGCAGACAUUAAGCAAUAUAUAAGUGGUCAAAAAAAUUCGUUAAUGGAUAUUAUCCUUGAAGAGCUUCAUAAUCAUUUAUACUUGAAAUCACCGUAUUGUGAUGCUUAUUGGGCACCUUAUGUUAUAGGAAAAGAAGAAUUGCCUAUUCCAAAUGCUUUGAAGAGAAAUAAAGAAUCGCAAUCAAACACCUAUUUUUCUUACGAUAACGAAAAUUUGCAGUCAGAAGUUAAAAAGAAUAACGUUUAUAAUCCUGAGGUUGAUUCUGAGGAAUAUAUACGGAUGUUGACUAAGGCUUUGUACUUGUUAGAUGUAUUUCCUGUUGCAAUAGAUAUUAUCGUUCAAAGACUGCCUGUAGAAAUUUAUCAAUUAAUUGAUAAAACGAUAAAUGAAGUUGAACAAAGGGAUUUAAAUUUACUUCAAAAUAUGUUUCCUAAACAAAAAUCACUAAAUAUUAUUGAUACCGAUUUUUCAGAAGAUAUCAUGAAAUCUGAGAUCCUAAAAGAUUUUUUUUGGACGUUGUAUUCUAAGUUAAUAGCUGUGCUUAAUCGAUAUAAUAUCAUGUAUAUCUAUAUUUCAGAUUUAAGCAGUAUUCAAUCUGAAGAAAACGAGGGAAUUACGUCUGGAUUAGUUUCUUUUAAUUUUUUAAACAUUUGGAAACCAAUUGAAUCAGAGAUUCAAACACUUCUUUCUAAUUAUGUUGUGGAUGGACCAUGUCAAAUAAUAUCUACUUCAUCUAAUUUUAUUUCUUUCAAUGAUAUGUUUGAUGAGAAAAAGGAUAUAAGAAGAACAAAGAUGUUUAAUAUACGUAAUAUAAAUGAAAAUUCUAAAGACUUUAAUGAUGCUCUUGAUGAUUUAAAAAACAUUUUAAAUUCUUCUGUUGUAUAUCUUAUGUUGCGAGGAAAAAAUGUUAAGGACAAAAUGAAUCCAAUUCCAUAUGAUUUAAAGGAAACAUCUUUCACUGCUCAUCGUAUGCUAGUUAAAUCAUCUGUAUUUAAUAUUGAAGCUUUAUUUAAACCUACAUUGGCAUUUUUGAGAAAAUGUCAAGAUACUACGUUUUUGAAGUUAUGUGCUCCAGAUUCAAUUAUAACCCCGUUUCUGGAUGAAUUCUUAUCAAACACAUUUUUUCCUCAAUUGAAAGAUAUUAUUCAAGAAAUUAGUAAUCAGAGCAUACUAGAUUUUGAUGUAUUUCAAAUUUAUGAGAACUGGUCAAUUUAUUCAACUAAUUAUGUAUUAAAGAGUGCUGUCUCUUUAUUAGCAUUAAUCACAAAUUUAUCUAAAAUUCUUAAUUCUAUUAGCUAUAAUAAUGAAGAUUAUAGCUAUAUUUUAUUGGACAUUUUAAUAAAAUAUUAUAAUAAAUGCAGUUUAAAAUACAAAGAAUUGAUUUCUCUGGCUAAUCAUAUCACUGGUAAUGAUAAAACCAUUGUAAAAAAUAUAAAGAAAAUGAGUGAAAUUUGGUCUGAUAAUGAGGAAUUAAAAGAGUUAUUAAAACAAUUUUUGGAUGAUUCUAUUACUUUAGAUAAUUUUUCUGUUAUGGAAACUGAGAAAGAAUUUUCACUAAAAAAUAAGGUGCCAUUGAAAUAUAAUGAUAUUCAAUGGGAUAAACAGGUUCUUGAGUCCCUUGGAAUACUUUAUCAUACUUUGAAAUGGAUUCUGGAUAUGAUAACUUCAAAUAGUAAUAUUAAAACGAAUUUAAGUACUGAUUCACAUAAACAAAUUUUAAAAAGUUUUUUUAAACCGUCUAAUAAGGUUGUCUCUAUUUUACGUAAUGAAUCUGAUAAUUCAGAAUUUUAUAUGAAAUCAGAGUCUAUUGAAAAAUUGGAGGCCAUAUUAGUUAAUUUCAAAGAACUUUCAAAGACAAUUCUUUUUACUAUUAGAAUUGAAAUAAGAUGUCAUGUUAUGUAUUAUAUAGAAAAAGUUGUUCGAGAUGGGAAUUAUUAUUUAGAUCAUUCUAUACCAAAGCCGGAUUUAUAUCUUUUGGAACUAAAUACUGAGCUUUUGGAAUACAAUGAACAAUUAAAUUCCUGUUUACAAUAUGAUGAAUAUUUAUUUGUUUUUUAUGGACUACCAUAUUUGAUAGAUAAUUUAUUAGUUCUAUCUGCUGAAAAUAUUAAAAAGAUGAACACUAUUGGUUCGGAAAAAAUGUUGUUAAAUAUAAUGAUUUUGCAACAGAAUCUUAAAAAUGUUAUUAGAGAUGUAGAAAAUGUUAAACUUGAAAAAUCGAUUCAUUAUUAUGAAUUAUUAAAGCUAGGACCUAAGAAUCUUCUUGAAGAAGCCAAAAAACCAUCAAAUAUUUUUACUUAUGAUGAAGUAAAAACUCUUCUUCACUUACAAUAUUCCGAAGAUUUAGUCAAAGCAGAUGAACUUAAUAGACCUGAUAUUACUAUGACUUUAAAACAUUCUUUAAAUGAAAACUUAAUAGAAUUAAAUGAAUAUUUAUGGCAAAAAUAAAUAUCAAUAUAUUAAUAGUUAUAUAUUAAUUCCAUCAUAAUUUAAA